CUGAUCACCGAACAUGUGUCUUCACUUCCAGGAUAUGCAACCACCGUGGAUGGAAAAGAUGAAACCCACACUGUAACACACAUCCCACUUCCACUCCACCUGUUUUCUACUCAAAUGCUUCAGUCCUCAUGGGGUCUCUGAGAGUGAAAUACUUCAGGUCACCUCAGGCUCUACAAGAGUUCAUCGUCUUGGUCGCUCUUCUUCUUCAACCCCUUAUGGCGAGUAGAAGGUGCCACGGAUUACCACCCUAAGGAGACUGUCAUGUAAAGUGUACAUUUGAGAAGCAGACUUCCACCGACAAGCAUGUAUCUACACAUGUGGAUAAUCUAUUCAUUUUAUUUAUGAGUAAAAAAAUGAAAAAGCAUUUCUGUCCAUCUGACACACAAUUCUUUUUAAUUUGAAUUACGGUAAAGAUUCGUUAAGUCCAUGAAUGCAUACAUUCAUACAUGAACACAGAUGGAGCUUGUGAAUUUCAGAUGGAUCAUAAACUGACUUCCUAGAGGCAUCAAAAACCUUUUUAAACACUGAUUUUUUAUCAUGUUUCUCCAACAAACAACUUUAAAGUAAACUAUUUGGAUCUAAAGUAUAUAGUUUACUUUUAAGUUGUUUUUCUUGAGACAAGCAUGAAAUGCAGAAGGAGAAACGUGAUAAAAUCAUAGUAUUUAAGAAGGUUUUAGAUGCCUGGAAGUCAGUUUAUGAUCCAUCUUCAUUGUUUCAGUGCUAAAACAAUAUAAUAACAAUUGUAAAGCCAUAACUGAUAGCAGUGAGGUUAGUUGUCAGUCAUCAAGCACAAGUCUUGUUUUCAGUGAAAAGGCUCUAAAACACAAUCACCGUGUUUGUGAACAUCCGUCUGGUUUAUCGUAUUCUACCCUGACAUACUUUUAAAUGUGUGAAUGGUUAUUUGUCAUUUUGUGUGGGUUUUUGCUUCUGUGAUCUGAUUGGUUGUCACUUCUACUGGAAAAUCUUCUGCCUCACUGUUUCCACAGGAUGUGGUCGCCGGAUGUGAUCGAGCUGCAGAGAGACGCCUACGUCACAGGCGAAGGCGGAGGUGGUUUCUGCCUCAAAGCCUGCUGGGACAGGAUGUGUUUGCGUGGGAGGGCGGGGAGAUUGAGGUCAGGCGGUGCUGAAGGUGGAGACUUAUCAUCAGGUGUGGCCUCAGAAUCAGUGCGAGAAAACACACCAGACACCUAAAUAUAAGCUGAAGAAAAAGUGGAGCAGGUUGCUUCAGUGUCACGGUUACGGAGAGGAAUAUCCAGGAUGUUGGUUUAGGUGUGGCUUCACCAGCAGGUGGACUCACAAACAGCUGCUCAGUCAUUCGUACGGAAACAGCUGGGACAGUUGUGUGGUUGAUUCAUGGCCUUUUGCACUGACUACAGCGUCCGUGCACAUGUUCUUUCCUCUCAAUUCAUUUUCAUCAUAAAUUCAGAUUAAAACAAGAAACGAUGUGAUCAGAAAAAAAGCUGUAAAAUAAUUCAUUUUCUUUGUCAGAUGUUUAUUCAUGUAGAUCAAUUAUCUGAAUGCAGAUUAAAAAAAGACAUUCAUUGACAUGUUAUAAAAUACACAUUAUAGUUGUGUCAUAAAAACAUUUGACACAGUAAAUAAAUAAAUAAAUAAUGACAGAACAACAAAGAAGGUUCACUUCACCAGCUGUGUCCAAGACAGAGGAUCCCACUGUGGCCCCGUACAGGACUGUGGUCCCGUACAGGACGGAGGAUCCUACUGUGGCCCCGUACAGGACGGAGGAUCCCACUGUGGCCCCGUACAGGACGGAGGAUCCCACUGUGGCCCCGUACAGGACGGAGGAUCCCACUGUGGCCCUGUACAGGACUGUGGCCCCGUACAGGACGGAGGAUCCCACUGUGGCCUCGUACAGGACGGAGGAUCCCACUGUGGCCCCGUACAGGACGGAGGAUCCCACUGUGGCCCCGUACAGGACUGUGGCCCCGUGUAGCUCAGGACGGAGGAUCCCACUGUGGUCCCGUACAAGACAGAGGAUCCCACUGUGGCCCCGUACAGGACGGAGGAUCCCACUGUGGCCUCGUACAGGACGGAGGAUCCCACUGUGGCCCCGUACAGGACUGUGGCCCCGUGUAGCUCAGGACGGAGGAUCCCACUGUGGUCCCGUACAAGACAGAGGAUCCCACUGUGGCCCCGUACAGGACAGAGGAUCCCACUGUGGCCCCGUACAGGACGGAGGAUCCCACUGUGGCCUCGUACAGGACGGAGGAUCCCACUGUGGCCCCGUACAGGACGGAGGAUCCCACUGUGGCCCCGUACAGGACUGUGGCCCCGUGUAGCUCAGGACGGAGGAUCCCACUGUGGUCCCGUACAAGACAGAGGAUCCCACUGUGGCCCCGUACAGGACUGUGGUCCCGUACAGGACGGAGGAUCCCACUGUGGCCCCGUGUAGCUCAGGACGGAGGAUCCCACUGUGGCCCCGUACAGGACGGAGGAUCCCACUGUGGCCUCGUACAGGACGGAGGAUCCCACUGUGGCCCCGUACAGGACGGAGGAUCCCACUGUGGCCCCGUACAGGACUGUGGCCCCGUGUAGCUCAGGACGGAGGAUCCCACUGUGGUCCCGUACAAGACAGAGGAUCCCACUGUGGCCCCGUACAGGACGGAGGAUCCCUCUGUGGUCCCGUACAGGAUGGAGAUUCGAUGCCAUCCGCUAGGUUUCCGUAGCCAGGCUAUAUUUUAUGAGUCAGCCCGUAUGAGAGGUUUUACAAACAGGAUCAUUGUGGAUUUGUUGUAACUGGAACUGGUUUUGUGUGUCAAGCGGUCUGAGAUGAUGAUGUUAGAAACCGACGGACUGAUCCAUCCUCACUGUGGAAGGUCUUUACAUGUUUAUAUCAAUGUUUAUAUCCUGUACAUACUCACCCUGUCAGACCAGAUACUGCACAUAUUAUCACUUAUUGCGUGUGUGUGUGUGCGCGCGUGUGUGUGUGUGUGUGUGUCCUUGUUUUAUAUUAUCUGUGUGCUUCUGCUUACUGCACCUGUACUGUAACAAAGCAGUUCCCCCCUGAGGGACUAAUAAAGGUUUAUUAUUCCUUUUCUAUUAUAUGAAUAAUUUGGGGAAGUGGUUCAGGUGGUAGAGCAGGUUGUCCAAUGACUGUGAGGUUGGUGGUUUGAAUCCCACUCCCCCAGUUGAGCUGUUGUUGUGUCCUUGGGCUUCACCCUCCUUGUCUCUAGUGUAAAGUGCUUUGGAACCCUUUAAAAACACAAAUCUAUUCUAUUAUUAUCAAACUGAAUAAAGCCGCAUGCGUCACUGACGAGAAGCCAGCAGGAGUUUAGCUGCUUUCCUCGUACAGGUGAACAUUAAGCUGCAGCCAUACUGAAGAGUCGUGACAGAAGACCGUAGCAGUAAGACGUGUCUGUAGCUCUGUGUCGGCCAUUGAUCUGCAGUACUUCAGUGUGUGUGUGUGUGUGUGUGUGUGUGUGUGUGUUAUGCCUCCAGAAGUCUUGUAAAAGUUCUCAUGAUUUUAUUUGACCAAGUUGCCUCCAGGCGUGAAGUUGCACGGACACAAAUAACCAGCUUCUGCAAGGAUCCGAGCUGCUCCACGCUUCCUGUUCCUGACAUCAAUUAAAACUUUAUUUAGUGGAGAAGUAUGUAUGAAAACAAAAUUAACUAAAUGAAACUGUUAUGAUAUAAAACUGGUUUAAAAUACGGAAGCCAGGUUAAAUACAUGUAAUCCAGCAGAAAGCAGCUGAUUCUGUAUGUUAAAGCUAAAAAAACCUCAAACAGUCGAGAUUAAACGGAGACUUUGGGGCCUUCGGGUGUUUGGAGGUGAAACAGGUAGUUUUUUUUCACAUAUCCACUCUGAUGAAAUGUGUUAAGCUCUAACUGUGGAUCAAUAUGUUGUCCUUAUUUGUCCGAUAUGACAUUUUCUCUCCCUCCU